AUGCGCUGGCGAUGGCGACGAUUCCUGGUUCCAAGCCUUGCGACCAUUGCAGGAGGCUUGGCGCUGCUGGCGCUCUGGGAAAACUUCAGCUGGCUCGACCGCUCAGGUGCAGAGCAUGAGGCCGUGGCCGUGCAGGCGGAGUUGAAGGCGCGGCUUCAACGCCUGGAGAAGAGCCACCAGGAUGAGGUGGCGGACCUUCGGCGCGAGAUUUCUGAGUUGAGGGCGGCUAUGGCAUCGAAGCCUUCCCUGCCACGGGCCACGGACGUGGACGUAGAUCCUCCGGACCAAGCCACCUUGCCGGCUAGUCGGGAGGGGCUUGGUGCAAAUCGAGCUCAGACCCUUGAGGCCUCGUCCAAGGUGCCCUGGCAGUCUCAGCCAAAAGAGGCUGCGCAAGGUCUUUGCAACAUCUUUGUAAUGUGGAACUAUCCCAGCGGGCCGCCGCUGUUCAUCUCGAAGAACUUGGAGUCCUGGCUGCACUACUCGCAUGGACGUUGCCACUUCCCGUGGAUGAUCAACGAUACGAAUAUCCGAGCUUUUAUUCCGGAUUUGCCAGCAGAGUUUGAGCGCAUGCCAUACGACGCCGCCAAGUCUGACAUUGUCCGGUACGCACUGCUGUAUCACCAUGGAGGGAUGUAUUUGGAUACUGAUUUUCUUGUAGCCAAAGACUUGGCCCCUAUUCUGGAUCGCAUCAAUGACCACGACCUGAUCUCCUAUACGACCUCGGGCCAGUCAUGUCGUCGCGGCAGUUUCAGCUCCAAUUUCCUCGCUGGCCGGAAGGGCAGCUUGCUCUACAAAGCCGUGUGGGAGGGCCAGAAGCAAGCAAUGACCAGCCAUUGUGAUGACUCUCUUAAGGCCAAUGAAAAGAAGGUCUGCUGUGCGGAUGACGUAACACGCCAGUGUCACAUCCCGUGGGCUGGUAUUGGGGAGAACAUAGCCCACCCUGUGCUAAAGGAUCUGCUAUCCAAGGGAAGAGCGCUGAAGAUUCAUUGUUUCGAAGGUGACGAGAGCUUCGUGCCAGGGAACUUCCAAAUGAUUAUAGAGAAGACCCCCUCUCUCCAAAGUGCAGUCCAGGCUUUUCAGCGUGGCGGCGUGAAGAACCCUAUGGAUCGGAUCAUGUACCAUUUGUUUGCAUCCCUGGGCUUCGCUGCAAGAUAUGAUGGUGCUGCGCUGUUUGAUGAAUCUACAUUCGUGGGAGCUCUGUUCCGCAAGAGCGUGGGCAGUUUCACUGAGAUCCCCCGGGAUCCUCUGGAAGAUGGGCCCGGUGCCAUUUGUGCAAGUGACGGCGGCAUCUGCCAGUGUAAGGGCAAAGUCUUCUUCGGCCGGCGUUUCGUGAACGACCAGACUGAGCCCAAGGCUGAGCUAAAGGAUCUCGUGAAAAGGAAACACGCUGUCAAAGAUGUAGACGGGGAAAUCAGCUGCACGGUGGCCGUCUUCGGAGACCCUCUUUUCACGGUGCCAAAGCAUUGCAUCUGCCAGCCCGGGUCUUCGAAGGCUUCCACUGCGCGGGGAGGUGACAGCCUGGCACGCUCUGAGACCGCGGAUACCGGAGUCUCUGACCACCCGAAGCUGCAGCCACGCAGUGUUUGGGGACCCGCCAGGAGCAAGCCACCUGCGAAGCCGGACAAGGAGGUGGCGACGCUGACGCUUCCCUCGGAAGGAUCGGUGGGACCGGUGCCACGAGGACGGAGCCAGCAGGGGGUGCUGGAGAAGGUUCUGUCGUCGGAGAGCGCCUUAGUCAACGGCUGGGAGGAUGAGAUUCGGAUGUGGUGCCGGGCUCUCUGUGAAGACUGGCGCUUCCUGACGCUGACCACCGUACUGACCUUUGGUGCCCUUCUCGGGGAUGACCUGCGGCUUCUGGCGACAGGCAAAGAAGCUGACAAUUUCUUCAACGUCUUGAUUGUUGUGGCCUUUACCGUUUUCACAGUGGAGAUCAUAGCGGCUUCCUUGGGCGAUCGGUCCUACCUGUUUAGCUUCUUCUUUUACCUUGAUACGCUGGCAACUGUGACCAUGCUUGUAGACCUCACUUGGUUUGGAAAUUUGCUCUACUGCAAAGACUACAGCUCGUUUAGCGGUGCAACAGCAGGCAGCUUGGAAGGAGCAGUCGCAACCCUGGCCGACACUCGUGCAGCGCGGACGGUUCGCAUCCUGCGGCUCAUACGGCUUGGGAAGCUGUACAAGUUUUACCAGCGGGGCAUGGAGAUUGCCAAAUCAACCGAGCGCCUCUAUGCAGUUCCUCCGGGCAAUCCCAACGAGGAGAUGUGGGACUUGACGGAGUCGGGCUACCACGACAACAAGGAGGACUCAGAGAUCGAUGGCCAAGCAGAAACCAGAGUUGGUAAGAAGCUCUCCAACAUGACCUCGAGAAGGGUCAUCGUGCUGACUCUCAUUAUGCUCUUCUGUUCCGACUUCUUCAACGCGGAGAGCUGGGGACAAGAGUUCAAGAGCUCUGGGGCUAUGGGAGCGGACCUUGUCUACGAGCGAUUUCGAUCCUGGUGCCCUACAGCCAUUCCUGGAAUACCAUGGUGCCUGCAAGCUUCUCCAGAUGAGACUCCUGUCAACCCGGAAGAAGAGCGCAGCUGGUACGAGCAGUACCUGGUGAACUUCGUUCGUAGCCACUUGAGCGGCUCGUUUGCGUGGCGUUUGUACUGGUUGGGCGUCAAGUCUGAAACAAUGCUGGCACACAAUGGAAGUGAAACGACAGCAGCCUUCCUCGGUUCUCUCGGACGAUUGAACCAAGAUCGUUUUCUGGGAACGGCACUCCCCGAGGACGAGCUCUGGCGCUGGGACGAGUUCAGCUCCUGGGACCCACAUGGGCCCAUUCCAGAAGAGGUGAAGAAGCGCCUCGCAGAUCCCUGGCGAGAGCAAUGCCUGGGCUUCUAUGGCGUUCCUGUCUCUCCCGAGAGCCAAACCUUCACUUUGUCGACGGCCUGCUCUGUGACAGAUACGCUCCGUUGCAACGAGGUGCACUACAACACCCCCAUGGCAAAGACCGGAGAGGAGAGGGGCAACGUGGAUUUGCUAUUCGCCUUCGACACACGGCCGGUAACGCAGAGUGCUGCUGGCUUGAACAUGCUGCAGACUUGCUUUAUUUGUCUCGCUUUGGCUGCCGGUGCGAUCUCCUUCGCACGGGACGCCCAUGCACUGCUCCUGGGGCCACUCGAGCGGAUCCUCGUGAAGCUCGAGGCCAUCAGGAAGAACCCUCUGCAUGCGAUGAAGCUGGGUGACAUCGACUUCAGGAUGCAAGAACUUGAAGAGGCCGAGGAGGCCAACAGGCAAGGAUGCUGUCGGAAGAAGAAGGAGACCAACGAUUUAGAAACGCUCGAGACAGCGAUCUUGGAGAGGACCCUUAUCAAGCUUGGUGGUCUGCUGGCGCUCGGCUUUGGAGAGGCGGGCGCAGAGAUCAUCGUCCACAACAUGCAGGGCGGAGCGACCGCCGAGCUGAACGCGAUGGUGCCAGGCCAGGAAGUAGAGGCCGUGUUUGGCUUCUGCAGCAUCCGCAACUUCACCGAUGCCACUGACGUGCUGAAGGAGAAGGUGAUGGUCUUCGUCAACCAGGUCAGUGAGAUCGUGCACGGCAUUUGCGACACCUACCAUGGCUCGCCCAACCAAAACAUUGGCGGCAACUCUUUCCUGGUGGUCUGGCGUUUGCGUGGGAAAGACGCAGAGGUUAGAAGCAAGAUCGCAGACAUGGCGGUGAUGUCCUUUGUUUGCAUCACGAUCGAAGUGCAGAAGUCAAACAUCCUGGCCACCUAUCGAACUCACCCUGGGCUCCAACAGCGCUUCCCAGACUUCCGAGUCUCACUAGGCUUUGGCCUGCACUGCGGCUGGGCCAUUGAGGGCGCGAUCGGCAGCGAGUACAAGAUCGACGCGUCCUACUUGUCUCCGAAUGUGAACGUGGCCUCACAGCUCGAAGCGGCUUCGACACAGCUACAGCUCUGGAUGCUUAUGUCGAGCUUCAUGGUGAAGCUCUGCAGCAAGGAGCUGAUGGAGUACCUUCGCAUGGUCGACCAUGUCAUGCUGGAAGGCUCCAAGAAAUGCUUGCGCCUCUUCACUUUGGACCUCGAUCACGCGAAGAUCCACGUGAAGCCACGACUGCGAGGCCGCAAGAAGGUCUACAACCGCUACAAGGUCAGACAGAUGAGGGAAGCAGUAAAAAACGAGCUGUGGACUGCAGACUUUAACUUGUGCGAGACGUUGGCAAACCACUCGGACUUCGUGGUGAUGCGUGACUCCUACUCCAAGGAGUUCUUCGAGAGAUUCGCCGUGGGGUUUCGCAACUACGAAGCCGGUGAGUGGCUGGUAGCUCGGGACCUCUUCCUGACCUGCCACUACUCAGAGGAGAGCUGCAAAAACAGCGACACGCAGCCACAGCCACGGCCACAAGACGGCCCAGUCAAAGCCCUUCUGGGCUUCAUGGAGAAGUACGACUAUGAGCCGCCUUUGGAUUGGCAAGGGUAUCGUCAUCUCUAA